AUGGUUUCUCUUUGGCUUUGCGAGGUCAUAGGGUCCCAAGGUGGAGCCUCUAGGUAUGUCGGGGAGGGGGGUCACCAAGACGAGGACUUCCACGUCAGCUCACCAGAGUGUUUCUUCUGUAACCCAGACAUCGCAAAGACCGCAUUACUCACGGAGGCGCCCAGCCCAGCUCAGGCCCUGUCACCCCAGUACUUCGGCAGCGCUCUCCGGCAUGGGGCGCAGAACACGGUUCUCUCUCCAGACUGCCUUUUGGGGGACCCCCAGACCAGGGAGCCCCGGCGGGGCUGCACUGUCUACCGGCCCUGGUUCUCCCCUUACAGCUACUUUGUCUGCACGGACCAAGAGAGCCACCUGGAGGCCUACAGCUUCCCAGAGGUGCAGCGGGACAAGGGCAGGGGGGACGGCUGCCUGCCCGAGGACCCGGCUGAGAGCAUCUGCUCGUCCUCUUCCUCCCAGGAGGACGCCUGCCCCCGGGAGGCCGCCAAGAAAUUCGGGCACGGCCUGGCCUCCAUGGACGGCAUCACGUCCCAGGACAUCCUGAAGGCCGCCAGGUGGCACCCCGCCCAGCAGAGCGGCUACAAGUGCGCAGCCUGCUGCCGCAUGUACCCCACGCUGCACUCCCUCAAGAGCCACAUCAAGGGGGGCUUCCGGGAGGGCUUCAGCUGCAAGGUGUACUACCGCAAGCUCAAGACCCUCUGGGGCAAGGAGAAGGCGAGGCGGGACAGGCUCUCCUCCGGCAGCUGCCAGGCCUUCAAGUAGGCCCUCGGGAUGGUGAGCGGACGCCUCGGUCAAGAGGCGACAGAGCCUGUUUCCGCCUCCGGAGAGAUGUCAAUAAACCGACACUGGCCAUGGCCUUCUGUCAAGUCUGAGG